AUGGGCUGGGUGUGGAAGAAUGACGAUGAAUCUGACUCCUCCGCUGGUGAUGUGUUUAACGGCUCAUUAAACCCUAGAGAUGACGGUAACGGCGACCGCUGCGCCACCCGAAAGAUUGUAUCGUCUCAGUGCCGGACGGAGGAAGUUGAGCCGGGGAAAUUCAUUCGUAAGUGCGAGAAAACCGAGAAGAUUUUCAAAGACUGCGUGGGAAGGCCUAGUGAAAUGGUACAGUCUAACAAAGAGUAUACCGAGGAAGAUGUAACAGACCAAGUGGUUAAAGGGAUCCCAUUGGAGUCAUCCGAGCAGGGACCCCUUCACUUUCCUGGGUUACGUGGUGAUAUUGAAGCUAUUGAACGUAAUUUCUUUGGCAGUAUCAACCGUUUCUUUGAAGCAGCCGAAGAGAUGAAGAAUGAUUUCUUUAGUUCAAUAGCAGUUCCUCACAUAUUUGACGACGAGUCUUCAUCCUCUCACAAUAAGCGUGGAAUUCCCAUCGAAGCUUACCCUCCUAAUGAAGCUUUUCCCAAGAAAAAUUCUGAUGGAGAUGUUGAUCUAUCUGGAUUGGCUAGAGAUGUUUGA